UGAAUAUUGAAAAAUAAUUGCGUUGUGAAUGUUUGUUCAGUCUAUUUGAACUGAAGGUCAAACUCUCAAAUUAUUCACUCGUACUGAUAUUUUGCCAGAUAUUGUUAGAUUUUGAAUACGGCUAACUGCUUUCCGUCGAUUAAAUACAGUAACAGUGUACAUCGAACAUUUUGUUGGAAAUACUGAAACGACAUUCUUAAACACAUGUUCUUCAUAUUCAUCUCCCUCCUAUACCUUAAUUACGUUUGUGGUGAAGUAAUAUGGGCAGUUAAUUGUGGUGGCCGUAAACACGUCGAUUCACAUGGAACCGUAUAUAUGGCUGAUUUCUUAGACAUAGGUACUGCAUCGGACUAUGGUCGCUCGUUUGAAAUAAAUCGUAUUCCCUCAGAAGAUCAUAUCAUUUAUCAAACUGAACGUUAUCACAAUGAAGACUUUUCUUAUCCCAUUCCGGUAACUGCUGAUGGCGAAUACAUUCUGACAUUAAAGUUUUCUGAGGUUUGGUUUACUGAGCGCUAUCAAAAAGUAUUCGAUAUUCAUAUUCAAAAUUCAAUUCCAAUUGUUCAAAACUUGGAUAUUUUUGGUCAAGUUGGUUUUGCUACUGCAUUUGAUUUAAAUGUGCCAUUUAAAAUAAAAGAUGAUAUAUUAUAUAUUGGUGAGAAUACAGCCACUAUCGAUGACGAUCAUUUUACUGUGGACUUUGUCAAAACCCAAUUCGAUAAUCCGAAAAUCAAUGCCAUUAUCGUUACUAAAGGCACAAUAGAAGAUGUCCCUCAGCUACCACCGUUAGAGGAAAUCGAAACAGUUGGCAAGCGGAUGCCACACCCUCAUAGAUUGACUGAAUCUGAUGAAGAUGAGGAAGACGAUUAUCAAGAAUCAAUUCACCAGAGACCAUCUAGAACACCAAGAGCAAAAGAUCCUUAUGCUUAUGACACAUCCUAUCUUAUUUUACCCAUCAUUGUAUCGGUUGGAGCAUUUCUACCAAUUCUCUUUUGUUUAUGUAAACUUUAAAAAACUAUAUAAUAAGUAGUUUGUCUUAGUCAAUAUUACUGGUCGUGUUCUUAUUGUUUUUCUCUUUUGUUUAACUUUUAUCAGUGACUCAUAUCUUUUGUAUGGUAUAUGCACAUGAUUUUUUCUUAUUUUUCUCUAAGCUGAAGUCUUCUUUUUGUAAAAUGUAUAUUCUUUGAAGAAAAAAAUCACAUAUCAUUAGUGUUACUGUACAAUGAAAUUGUUAGUCUUUUGUGUAUUUUUUUGAGAUAAGAUAAGUGCUUACUUCCGCUAUAUUUCUUUGCUAUCUUAGUCGUAAGUAUUAAUAUAUGAAUCGGGUCAUAGGUGAUUAAUUUAUACACGAGGUCAAGUAGUAUGUUUAAUAUUUCUAAGAGUGUUUGCUUUCACAUUCAACACAUAGAUAUAUUAACAAUUACGUAAAAUUUGUUCAUCUUAUUAUUUUUUAUUGUUGAUCGUAUUACAUCAAUGAUUUAUUUCAACUGUAAAUAAAUCGCUAGCUAAAUUGUUAUUAUUGUUUUAGUUUCAAAUAAGUUAAUA